AUGUCUACUCAAGCGCCUCACAACACCCUGCUCAUCCCGGGCCCUAUUGAAUUCGACGAUGCCGUGCUGCAGUCGAUGGCCCACUACGCUGAGAGCCAUGUCGCUCCCGGCUUCGUCAAGGUCUUCGGUGAAACCUUGACUCUCACUCGCAAACUAUUCCAGUCCACUAGCCCCUCCGCACAACCCUUUAUCAUCGCCGGAAGUGGUACCUUGGGCUGGGAUCUCGUCUCUGCCAACCUGAUCGAAAAGGGUGAGAACGCCCUGGUUCUGAACACUGGUUACUUCGGAGAUUCCUUCGGCCAAUGCCUGCAAACAUAUGGUGCCAAUGUCACACAGCUGCGUACGCCCGUCGGCGAGCGCCACUCCCUCGAACAAGUGGAGCAGGCUUUGCGAGAGAAGAAGUACAAGGUCCUCACUAUUACUCACGUCGACACCUCCACCGGUGUCCUGGGCGAUAUCAAGGGUGUCACCCAGCUCGUUCGCCGAGUGAGCCCCGACACUCUCGUCGUAGUCGACGGUGUCUGCAGUGUCGGUUCGGAAGAGAUCAAAUUCGACGAGUGGGACCUCGAUGUCGUUGUUACCGCUAGUCAGAAGGCCAUCGGCUGCCCUCCCGGUCUCAGUAUCGUAUACACUUCCGGCCGCGCCAUUAAUGUCGCUCAAACCCGCCAGUCCCCACCAGGCGCUUACUACGCCUCCAUCGCCAACUGGCUUCCCAUCAUGCAGAACUACGAGAACAACAAGCCCUCGUACUUCGCUACUCCUCCUACCCAGCUUAUUCACGCCUUGCACACUACUCUGAGCCAGAUUACUACUCGUCCUAUCUCCGAGCGCUUCGAUAUCCACACUAAGGUCUCUGAUAGCGUUAAGGCUGCUGUCGCUCAGCUGGGUCUUAAGCAGGUUGCUCCUAACCCUGACGCGCAGGCUCACGGUAUGACUGCUAUGUACUUGCCUGAGGGUCUUACUCCUCCCGAUGUCCUUCCCGGUCUGCUUAAGCGCGGUGUCAUCUUCGCAGCUGGUCUGCACAAGGAGAUCGCUACUAAGUACAUUCGUUUCGGACACAUGGGUGUCAGUGUGACUGACCCUGGCCGUAACGAUGUUGAGAAGGCUCUUGCUGCUCUUAAGGAGGCUCUGGCCGAGGCUAAGCAGGCCAAGGGACUGUAA